AUGCCGGCGGAUCGCCUUCUCUCAGGUGUGCUUCGUGCAUACCAGACUCCGACUCCGUCUGAUCCAGAGCAGAUUAACAGAAUCAUCUCCAGCACAACAUCACUCCUCACCACCCUCUCGAAUCCACUGAACAUUACCCUCCUUACCUCACAUUUCCUCACUGCACCAGCUAUCUGGCACCAAGUAGCUGAUCUUUCGACGAGUUACCGAAUCAUCAGCGUGUUCAAUACAGCUGCUAUCACGAUCCACAAAUACCAAACAGAAGGAGGAGCCAGUAAGCCCUUUGAUGCCUACCAACCUAGACUUGGUGGGGGGGUAUCUUGCGAGGAAUGGGCAACGGCUGUUUUGAUGGGCUUGGAUGAACGAUCUCUACGAUGGCAGCAUACCUUGGUGAUUACGGGAGUGCUUUUGGGGAUGGAAGGCCAGGAUAGACACGGCCUUUCACGCUCCUUGCGAUUCAAAUUAGAGGGUACUCUUGCAAUGGCUAUGAAUGCUACGAUGCAAGAGCCCGCCGUUGUCGGUCCUUUUGGAAUCUCAUCCAGCGUGCUUGCUCUGAAUCACGCCUUUCCGCUGCUUUCGGAUAAGGCCAGAGCAGCUCUAGACUAUGAUAAUCUAGUGAUGCCUAUGGCUAAUACCAUGACCUCUUCCGACGGUUAUGAGGAAGGCUUUUUCCUUAGGGCCAUCAAUUCGGAUGUCAAAGAAGUGCCAGGAAGAAAGUUCGACUGGUCAGCAAAAUCGAUAUCAUUCCUCCGUCUUCAGAGACUUGGUUCCAAACCACUUGUAUCCUCAAUGGGGCCAUUAUCAAGACUUAUAUCACAUGCCGUCGAGUAUUCGAAAACACCGGCUCGGACCAUCGAAAUUCUUGAUCAUCUGCUUGCAUUUACUGGCAACUUAUUAGCAGCUUGGGAAUUGAACAAAUUGUCAGAACUCGAUGCAUCGGAAGAAAACAUCAUUCUCACACCUGAGACGCUUCGGGUUACUUAUCCAGUUCUAUGGCAGGUACUGAAAAGUGCCAUGUUCUCAACUGUAGUAAUAUUGCGUGCGAUUGUCGCAAAAACUGUCAUCAACUCCCACCUCUCUUCCUACCAAAUCGCACCAGUCGUGGCAUCCAAAAGUCUCCUCAUUCUUCGAAAUAUACACUUCAUCUCAUCCCGUCUGGGCUCAAAUGCUUUCUCGGCAUAUACCUUUGUCAACCUCACAUCUAUAGACAUACUUAAUCGAUUCCCUCUCCAAUCCAGGGACUUCUUGAAAGCUAUAUAUCCAGCUCAAGCAGGACAGAUACCUUCACAUCCAUUGCAACGAAAUCUCGACCUGUUUUACCUCAACACUACUGAACAUUUCACUCUCAUCAUGUCUCCCGAAACCGCUGAAUCUCUAAUAUAUACACCCGCCUCACCCUACCUCAACCCAGCCGCCAAUGUUCAACUCCUCGAAAUAUUCGAAGCCGCUCACAGUGCCAUACUCGCAAUGCUUGCUGCACCACAGAGCGGACCACUGACCGCAAAGGUUCUCCCAUUUUACGUGGAUUCCCUCUUCCAUUCAUUUCCCACCAACCUAUCUCCCCGCCAAUUUCGCUAUGCAUUCAAGGCACUGAUGGAAGUCACAACACCACCAGCACCAAUCUCAGCCACCGAACCACAAUUAGCCGAAACCUUACUAGAACUACUCCAUCACCGUGCCUUAAACUCCCCAACUACUCCCCUCCCCCCAUCCGUCUCGAUCAAAAGACAGGCAGAUGCACAAAUCCAGAACUCCCCACCCCUUUCCGAACAAGCCAUCCUCCUCCUCACUCUCCUUGAUGCCUUGCCCAAUCUCCCACUGGGCUUGUUGCAGGAAUGGUUACCCCUCUCGGCUAAUCUGCUUAACGCCAUCGCGGAUCCGGCCAUGAGAGAGCAUUGUAAGAAGCGCUUCUGGGAGUUGUUGGAGAGUGGGGAGAUGGAUAUUGAGAGGAGUUCGGUGUGUGUUGCGUGGUGGGGGUCGAGGGGUGGGAGGGAGAUGGUGCUGUUUGGACGGGGGGAUGAGGGACCUUUUAUGAGUGGGGGGUUGGGGGUAAGGGAGAGUAGGUUGUAG